AUGUACCUCUUUGGCGUCGCCAAAGCGCUGCAGGAGUUUGAGCUCGAGAAGACCGCGCGACUCAUUGGCUGCUCGGCCGGCGCGUUGACCGCCACGGGCCUCGCGCUCCACUGCGACUUUGACGCCAUCUGCGCGCACGUGCUGCAGAGCGUCGUGCCGCGGGCCCACGCGUCGGUCGCGGGCUACUUCCGCGUGCGCUCGUACCUACGCGAGACGCUGCAGCGCCACGGCCAGUUGCAGGACUUUGCGCAGCUGAACGCGUCGCAGCAGGUCACGGUCGUCUACACGUCGCUGUCGUCGCUGACGUCGCGGCGCACGACCACGUUCGAGUCGGCGGAGCACCUGCAGGAGACGCUGUUGGCCUCGUGCUGUGCGCCGCUCAUCGCGGGUCUGCCGUUCAAGCUCAAUGGCGAGUGGGCGCUGGACGGCGGCCUCCUCGACUUCCAGCCCGUGCUGGACGACCAGACGGUCACGAUCAGUCCGUUCUACUGCGUGGGGGCGGACAUUAAGCCGUCCGUGUACGUGCCCAUGUGGUGGGCGUUGUUUCCCCCGGGCGAGCGCGACAUCAAGUGGCUCUUUGACUUGGGAUACGAAGACGGACUGAGCUGGAUCGUCAAACAGGGCCUCACGGGAACCCGCGCGGACGUUGUGCGGCCAGCCAAGAGGACAGGGGGACCAGGUGGAUGGAACACGACAGUGGGUCGCGUCGUGGGCUACCGCGGCUGCGAGAGCCACGUGCUCGACGCUCUCUUCAUUGGACUCUUUGUUUGUUUGUGGCGGCCGAUGGCGUUCCUCUGCCUGUACCUGGAGCUGUAUCUACAAGCGAUCGUUUCUGGCAGCAAAGCCGUAGUCUUUGGAGCGGCGGCGAAGCUCUUGAUCUCGAACAUCUUGAUGGCGGCCAUGGCUGCAGCGUUGGCAACGCGCGGCCUGCAAGAUACGAUGCAGUUUUUGCUCGGUAUGGUCGCCGCUGGGUUCUUUCUGGGCGGCAUGGUGUUGCUUGUCGGCGGGUUGCAACAAGCAAGUGCAAUGGCGUCGGCGGACUGGCAGCGCUGCCGCUCGUACAUGCGCAGCAUCACGAGUCUGUCGCUGUUUCUGCACAGCCUGCCAGUCUUUGGCACCAAAGUGCUGAUCAAGCGCCACGACUUUUUGCUGGAACACUCGCUCGUGUACCGCGUUGCAAUGCACUUUGUGUAG